AUGGAAAAAUUAGAAAAUCGUAAAAGUUAAACCAGCUUUCGUUCUUUAUUUUGUCUUAAUAAAUUAAAAGUUAGAACAUAAGUUUUAAUAAUCCAAGUGCUAAUUCAAUUUUCAGUAGGAACCUUAUUAACAUUAAUAAGCUAUUUGUCAUUUUAAUACAUAAUAGAUAGGUACUCAAAUAUCUCAUUAGAAUGCUAUGUCUUAUAGUAUUACAAAAAGACUGAUAUGAUUAGUUAUUUAUAAGUGAGAAGUUCUCAGGAAGUAUUAUUGAGAAGUUAAACUCAUCUUUUAAAGUCUGAUUUCUUAUAUCAGUUCAUAUAAUCUAUAGAGUUGUAGUAUGUUUAAUAACCUCUCGAUUGUCUAAAUUAUGACGAUAAAUAUGAUAAAUAUUAAUAUGAAUAAACAUUUUGUUAUGGUUUCUUUGGAGAUAAAGUAUAUCCUCUUACUAAUUAAGAUAUAUUAGCAAUGAAUUAUUCUUCUUUCUUAACUUAAAUCUUACCAAUUAUGGAUAUGGAUUUGGAUUUAUUAUUUUCAACAAUCGGAGAUCAAAUGUACUUUUCGAUUUGGCCUGGAGAUCCUUUUCCUAAUUAUAAGCCACAUAGAAGGAUUUGGUACACUAACCAUUUAAAGUAAAUAGAAGAUAAAAAUUAUAAUUUGACAUAUUUUAGUGAUCCAUAUAUAGUUUGGACUUGGUUUUUAUUUAUGGUGACAUAAACAAGGAAUAUGACGAAUUUAAAUGGAUAAAUAGAUGGUGUUUUUGGAAGCGACUUAAACUUUAGUUUAUUUAAAACUCUAUCAUAGAAAUAAGAAAAUGUAACAUUUUCAAUAAUUGAUAAAAAAGGGCAAUUUCUAUUAAGUUAAUUUAAUAUAAGUUAAGAUACAUACAUUUAUGAUACUGAGAAAUCAGGUUUUAAUAAGGAGGAUUUCGAGUAAAUAAAUAAUUCAUUAUAUAAAAAAUAAUUUAUUAAUAAUUGUUCAAGGAUAGAUCAAUUACUUAAUAAUGAAAGACUUUGUAGAUACAAUACAGUAGCUAAUACCGAAGAAUUAAUUGUAGCAAAGUUCCUUUAUCCUACCGAUUUGAUUUUGCUGAUGUAAUAGAUAUGA